UCUUCUUUUUUUUCAAAAGGAAACAGGAUCAAAGUUCUUAACCUAUUCUUGUAUGACAUCCUUCCCAUCCCAGUAGUCCUCCUUCUUUCAAACCUUUCCAAUUCAGUGUCAUUUCUAAGGUGAAAGUGCCCAAGACUUAACACAGUACUCCAAAUGUGAGCUAAUCAAUGACCUAUACGUUAUAAUCUCUUUAGACUUGUAUUCAAUAUUUCUGUAGACACAACUUAAAAUUCUAUUUGCUCUGUCACCAGCAACAGCACAUUGCUUGGAUGGUUUAAGCAACUGAUCAAACAGAACCCUAAGAUCCUUUUCUUCCAUAACACUGUUAAGGUUAUUCCUAUCAAAAUUAUACUCAUAAUUCAAAUUCCCACUUGCAUUACCUUGUAUUUAUUAUGAUUAAAAGUCAUCUGCUACUUAUUUGCCCACCUCACCGAUUGUCCAAUUCCUUUUGUAAAAAUGCAGCAGCAGCACAGCCAAUAACACCCAAAACUUUAAUGUCAUAAUCAAAUUUAAUUGACUUUAACAACCCAGCUUACAUAUCUUAUGCUUUUUAUGACUGGUCUACAGUACUUAAGAAUUUGACAAUUAUAAUUAUGCAGAAUGUGAAGUCCUUUAUCAGUAUGUUAAUAAAGUAAAUGUAGACUCGAAACUAUUGUUGUAGUUUCCUGCAAAAAUACAUUUUCAGUUUAAUGGUAUUGUUAAUGAUCAGGUUGAUUGUGGUAGUAUGAGAUCACCAUCAUGGAUAAUUUUUUUUUUGUCAUCAGUAAAUUUAAAUAAUUAAAUCAGAAAGAGCAAAGGUCCUAACACUGAGCCCUGAGGUUCCUCACUGAUGACAUUAAUCUAGUUUUGCUGAAUUCCAUUUAUAACAACCCUCUGUUUUCUUACAUUUAGCCAGUUUUCUGUACAAAGAGCCAAGCUAUCUCCAACAGCUACAGAAAUAACUUUCUAAAUGAACUUUUUAUGUGGCGUCUUAUAAAAUGCUUUCUGAAAUCUAAAUACACUAAAUCCACACCCAUACUCUCAUCUACAUUAGCAAUAACCUCUACAAAGAAUGUCAGAAGAUUAUUAAGACAAGAUUUUUCCCUAGUGAAACCAUGCUAACUAUCCAACAAAGUUUUAACCUUAAAGAGUGUUUUAAAAACAUAUUUCAUUUAGUUGACUUAACUGAAUUUUUAUAUUGACUAAUCUCAUUUCAUAAUGAAUUAACCCUCAUUUAAAAAUAUGUGUUACAAGAUAGCAAGAGACAUAAUUUCAGUGUUUGAAGAUUCUGGUGAAUAUCUGAUAAUUAGCUGAAAGCUUCUGCCUUGAAUAUCUACAUAUCUGUACUGUAUUAAUUACUUUCUUGAGAUUCACUUCCACACUGCUUUGAUCUGUGCCAUCAUUUGAAUAGCAUCCAUUUUUGGCAGUUAUUAUUAUACAGAAUGUGAGGUCCGUUAUUGGUAUAUGAAGAUAUGACACUACUAUUGCUGUUUCCCACUAAAAAUAUUUUUUCAGUACAAUGGGAUCAUUGGUGGUGGUACUUUGAGAUCACCAUCAUAUAUACUUUUGGUUAUUGUAUCAUCAUGGAAUAAAGUGGUUGAAAAACAGUUUAUAUGUGUUAGCCACUGAAAUAUUACAGGCGUUUUAUUGCAGUUUUCAAGGAAACAAAACACCAAUUUCAAACCUUUAUAAACUAGUACCAUAUAGAGCUGGGCAAUUAUUAGUAUUUGCUACUGCUAAAGCCCAUUAUAUAUUGCCAUUAUGAUUUCUCAUUAUUAUGUUCAAUUAAUUCAAGGUUCUUCUUAAUUGGUUAGUAUUAUGAUUUACAAAAAUAAACAAAUGAUCAAAAUUAGAGUUUCUGAUUAUUGCUAUUUUCAAUUUCUCCAACUUUCUCUUGAUAAUAAUUGAUUAGUGGAAUGUAAUUGACCAAUGAGCCCGAUGAUUAAUUGAUUAUCAUACUCCACUGAUUGCUCAGCUUUAGACUUAAGUUGCCUGGAUUCUUCUUUUGAACUAUUUGUAACUUGCUCUCUCUACCAUUUUUCCUUGAAAUUGGAUUUUAUUUUAUUAAUUGCUUUAGGGAGGAGACAUUCAGAAAUUUUUGUUAAUGAUUUUUCUCAUACUGUUUUUUUUCCCAAUAAGGCUAUGUGCACUUGUAUUCUGAUAGAGCCUUCCUUUCAGAGGCUUUAGCUGUAAUAGAUAGUCACCACAGUUUUUUUGUUUUUUUUUCUAUUGUGUAACUUACUCUGACAGACCCUGAUUUUCCUUGUGAUGAAAAUUUUUUAUGUGUAGGUAGAGCUAUUUGUUUUGAGAAAAUUGACAUUGGUUGUUUACCUUACGAUGAAUCUCAUUCCAUAGAUCUUGCUUCAUCCACAUUAACAAAUUAGUUUGUACAGCUGAUCCAAAUUGUUUAUCACAAUUUUCCCAACCACCUUAAGUGUGUAUUUCAGGUUACAUCUCAUCUCAUUUACAAUUGGCUAUGUCUUUGGCCUACUGGUCUCUGUAUCCUUCAGCAGACAUCUUGUAGGCAGGCACGAGUACAAAUGUGCAUACUUUAUUUGCUAUUUUACCUUCAUUACAUCACUGCAUCUUAAAUUUCAGGAUUUCAUUUGCCACCUAUGGUCAUUCUCCAGGCUUGGUGGAAUUUGUCUCUUGUGAGUUUUAGUAUAUUCUGACCAACACCCAUUAUUAAUCAUUUUGAGGGUGUGUGGGAUUCUAAUUAAUUUUGACUUUCAAACAAACAAUACAAAACAAGAGAUGCACAGUAAUUAAGUAUAGUUUGUUCUUAUGUAUCUAUCAUUUAUAUAUAUAUAUAAAUUUAUCCAGUCAAGACUCUUGCAUGUUUUUUAAUUCCUGCUCUUGGCCAGAGCACACUAAGUAUUUCUAUAUUGCUUAAACUCCUUUUCACAAAUCUAGAGAGCAUCUGUGGUUAAGAAACUAUUUGAUUAUAUAUAUAUAAACAUAUUAAUUAAUUAAAAACAAUAAUGUUCUCUCCAUCUGUGAGAUUCCUUAUGUAUAGAUUUGUUCGUUUGGGACUCUUACAUGUUACAAAUAUAUUUUUGGAUUUGUCCUUGAUAAAAAAUAUAAAAUCCCAUUGUCUAUGCAAGACUUCCAUGAAAGGGUGUUGGUUUUUAUAAGUGAAAAAAAAAGAAAACAUCUGGUGGCUGAUGGUUCCUUGGAAGGUACUUGGUACUUUUUCCAACUUUUUAUGUGUGUCCUUGUGUGGCAUCUAUUAUUAAUAGAUGUCUCAGUUUCACCCCAGGAUGGUGAUCACUUAUGUUCCUAUUCUUAUUUAUCAUGUUUUAAUAUUCCCACUGCACUGUCCAUGCAGUGCUUAGCCCAUUUUUUUGGAACUGAUUGUGUCUUUCUUCAGUUCUUCCUGAGCACCCACUAAUCUGUCCUAUUGUGUGACUCACUGACCAUUUUCAAUCUGGACGAAGGACUGCUGACUUUGAAGUAUGUCCUUUCAUAAUAAGUAUCUGGACUGCUUUCCCAAGAAUCUUCCACUUCAGGAACAGGACAGAGUAUUCCUCUUACCUAUUUAUGUUACCACUUGUAUCCUAUUAUUAGAUCCACAUGCUCAAUACACCAUUACCUCUCACAAACCCAGUUUUUUUUUCGUGAGUUAAAGGAUAUCAUAGGCAAAAAAGUACCCUGCUGAGAAGAAUGUCUUCUUUUGGAGUAUGUUUUAAGUCCAGUCUUUUUUGUCUUUUUUUUUUAAGACUGGUCUGAUCUACUCAAAUCUCCCUUGAUUCCAGUUCUACAAAUUAUUAUGAGUAGUUGAUGCAUGUUCUGCAGUGCAUAAAGGACAUUCGGAAAUUUUGAAUCCCAUGUUUGUUAACGGCAUAAGUUCAAACUCAAUAAGAAAAGGUGUUCAGUAUUUCAGAGAUAAAUACUUCCUUGUAAUUUUAACUCUAAAAAUGUAAAAUAUUAUUAUCCACAGAACAUGUAUAAAGGGUGUGUAAAUAAUUUUUCUUAUAAUAGAUUGGAAAAUAUUAAUAAUGAAAUGGCAUUGAAUUGAGGUGCUUAAUAUAUACAUUUUAGUAAUGAAAGGGUUAAAAGUAAAUUGAAUCAGAAAUUCUCUUAAUUGCUGAAACUCUCCAAAAUGUUAAAUCAUGUAUAUCUAUGUACCCCUAUAUCCUACAGAAUAGUACCAAUAAUGCAACAAACUGAUAGUGACCACAUCACAUGAUCCUUUGUGCUACCUCAUGCUGGUGUGAUUGACCUUGAUUUUAGCAUAAUGAGUGAUGAUAUUCAUCCCACUGUGAUAAAUUGACCUUUCUUGCUUCAAGAAGAAGAAACUGACCGAAUGGAGUGGUUUUCGGUUAAGGAUAACUCGGCACCUUAUCAACACUGAUUUUAAGCAUGCAACUUCAGUGCUAGGCUAGCUGAGUGGAAAGAAAGAUAUAACUAUCGUCAGAUGAAAAUGCAGAAAGCUAAGGAUUGUAACCUGCAUGGAAGCCUCUAUUCUGAACAGUUAUUAGAGAAAUGGUUUAAUGCCACAAAUCCUGACUUGGUGAUGACAGAAAAUUUAGCUGGUGUUAAUGUUGAGGUCAAACCUAAUCUUGACAUGAUGGUAACUUCAAAAGAUGCUCAUAGUUCAUGGAAAUUUGAUGUCACCUGUAAGGAAAUUCUGUAUCGGGUGGCCCUUCUCUAUGAUAACCACAGAUCUCAUUUCUCUUUGGCUGAAGUUACAGUUGCAUCUGUUGACAGUCACUUUUUAAGAAACUACAGUCUAGAAAAUGAUUGCCAGGAGUGGUCUAAUCCAGAUGAUCUACACUUAUUUUCUGAUUCCUUGAUGGUGUAUACUAUUAAGGUCCACUUUGAGACCCAUAUAUUUGGAACUUUUCGUCAAAGUGUGGUGUUUGACUUCAGAAGGGAGCCAGUGCUCUUCCAGCAGCUGUGUGUUGAUGCUGUUCCUGUUGAUCAGGUGGAAGCUCUGGAGCAAGUGAAACAGACAGUUUUAUGUUCAACACCACGCUGGGACAAUACCAACACCAUUUUAGUGCCAUUCAGUUUGGAUCAAGAUAUGUUUAGUGAAGAUGAGCGGGGUUUACUUAAUCUGUACCCACCCCCUCACACAACAAAGUUUGUUGUCACUCAAUCUAUCAUGGAACCUGCACUCACACAGAACAACUACAAAAAUCGAAUGCACGAUCUCUUAUUUAUUGAAGAACUUGCACAGUGUGAAGUAAUCUCCAGGUUUAACAUCACUGCUCAGAUGAAACUGACAUCUUGCUAUUUGCUGACCCCUGCUGCUGCCACCACAGCCAAAUAUGUUCGUAAUGAUGAGCUCUAUGCUUGUUUAAAUCUUAUAUCAGAGUUGUGUAGUGAUUCAGCCUCAGGGCGGCUCAUUCUCAACAAUUGUCAAACAGUUCUAGUGGCUCCAAAUCUUGAAACAGAGAAUAACACUAGACAAAAGGUCUAUGAAUCUAUAAUAGAAGACAAAGGUAAAAACUCUGUGUAUCUUAGGCUGUCUAAACAUUGUGUGGAAGAGCUAAAUCUCCAGCCAGACACGGACUUUCUUGCAGAGGUUCAGUUCCAAAUCAACAGGUUACCACUGUGUGAACUCCAUUAUGCUGUGGACAAAUUGAACCCAGUUCACUUGAUUUUUCCUGAUCUCAGCCUAAAUCUUCAAAUACCAUGGAGUCCUAAAAAACAGUGGAAAAGAUCUGCUAAACUGAACCCAAAACAAAAAGAAGCUGUUGUUGCUAUCACAACACCAAUAGAUAUACGCUUACCUCCAAUUCUUAUCACUGGGCCAUUUGGAACAGGAAAGACUUACACUUUGGUUCAGGCAAUUAAGGAGAUACUUAAUCAGUCCAAUACCCGUGUGUUAGUAUGUACACACUCUAACAGUGCUGCAGACAUCUAUAUUCGAGAAUACCUUCACCCAUAUGUGGAAAUGGGUCACACUGAAGCCCGACCAUUGCGAGUCUACUACCGCCAUCGGUGGAUAGCAACUGUUCAUCCUGUAGUUUUAGAAUAUUGCUUAUUAACUAUGGAUUGUAAGGCCCAAAAGUUUGUCAUGCCAUCUAUUGAAGAUAUUAUGAAACACAGAGUUGUUGUUACAACAGUGGGAACUUGUCGUUAUUUAGUACAUCUGGGGCUUGAUAAAGGGUUUUUCACUCAUAUAUUGAUAGAUGAAGCUGCUCAAGCUAUUGAAUGUGCUGCCAUUACUCCAUUAGCUUUAGCUGAUGAACAAACUCGUAUUGUCUUGGCUGGGGAUCACAUGCAGCUUAAUCCUGAAGUAUAUUCAAAGUUUGCAGAAGAAAGAAAUCUCCAGUGGUCAUUACUUGAACGUUUGUUUGACUUCUACCCUUCAUCCUGUCCUUGUAAAAUUUUUCUGUGCGAAAACUACCGUUCACAUUCUGCCAUCAUUGAUUAUACAUCUGAGCUUUUUUACAACAAAAAAUUAGUGGCCAGUGGCCAACCAUCGGCUCACCCUGCAUUCUUUCCACUGACAUUCUUUACUGCAAGAGGUGAAGAUAGUCAGGACAUUAACUGUACAAGCUUUUACAAUAAUGCUGAGGUGUAUGAAGUUGUAGCAAGAGUAUCAGAACUACAAAAGACAUGGCCUAAAGAAUGGGGAGAAAGAACUGAAAAUGGCAUUGGCAUAGUAUCUCCAUAUUAUGAUCAGGUAAUAAGGAUUCGAUCUGAAUUACGCAAGCGAAAGAUGCAUGGAAUUUCUGUAGAAAAUGUACUCAAUGUCCAAGGAAAAGAAUUUCAAGUAAUUUUUUUAAGUACCGUUAGAACUCGAAACACAUGUACAAAUUUACUGAGUGGACCUGACAGUAAUUCAACGAAAGAAGAAAUGGAUUAUGGGUUUUUGUCAAAUCCUAAACUGUUAAACACUGCAAUAACUCGUGCUCGUUCAUUGGUGGCAGUUGUUGGUGAUCCCAUUUCUCUGUGUUCAGUAGGUAACUGUCGCAAGCUCUGGGAGAAGUUUAUUUUUUGCUGCCACCAAAACAACAGUCUUUAUGGAAUAACCUGGAAGACAGUGGAGGCUCAUCUUGAUGGUGUGGAGUUGAAGAAAAUCUAUGGUUUGAACCCUCUAGCUCCAGAGUUUAUACCAAGAUUUUUUAACCAUGCAAAUCCUUACAUUUCUCCUACAUUGAACCCUUUUCCUUCACCUUGGAAUUUACAUAUGAAUCAUCCACCUUCUCUUUGUUUUCCAGCCUUAUAUACUAUCCCUUCUGUAUACCCUUAUUUAUUUUCUCCAUGUAUGUACCCUUUUACUGCUCCUCCUGUGUGGCCUACCUCUGGGCCAUUCCAGGGACCCAGGUAUCAGCCCCAUCUCUAUAGACAAACUAUGCUUCCUCCAGCCUUUCCACAGAAUUUAUCAUCAUUAUUGUCCCAAAGAAACUCUGUAUACCAUUCAGAAGAUGCUAAAGUAAUUGAGCUUCUACACAAACAAGCUUUUGGUCAUGACCUAGAAAGUAAUGUCACCAUGAAAUCCAGCAACCCACAUUUUAACAACCUGCAGAGAGUAGCUACCAAUCAGGUUGCUAUUCGUGGGUCAUCCCCAAGUCAAGAAGCUAGCCAAAAACAUGAAUUGAUCAGGAAAGAUCAUAGCAGGGUUCAGAUUCUUCCUAGAGUCCAUUUGCCUCACAAAGAAAUCCAGUCUUUUAGUAAUUGUGGAAGAGUAUUGCAACACAAAAAUAAUUCUUUGAGCUCUACAAACUCUAUAAUGUCUUCUUAUCCUGUUCAUCAUAAUUCAUUUGUCAAGGAAGGUCUUGCAGUCAAUCAUGAAUCUACAGAAUUUUCUACUAAGCAAGACUUAAAUUGUAGGAAUUUAACUAAAGAACCGAGUUACAGCAAUGUAAAGCAAUUUAAUUCUGAAUUUUCGACCAAACAGAAAUCUGUUCCAAGACUUGGGGACUCAAGCCAUUCUAGAAUUAACUUACUUCUACUAGAAGAUUUUGAAAAAAACAAAGUGUCACUGCCAACUUCAGAUACAACUUUGCUACAAGUGCCAUCAAAAAAACCAGAUUCUUUACCAAAAGCUAUCAUUGUACAAGAACUAGAAGCUAUGCUUUUUGAAGCAUCAGAAAAAGGCCAGUCUUUCCAGUUUACUUCAAACAUAGGCCAAGAAACUAAUCAGCUAGCAACUGGGCAAGUUCAAAGCUUUUCAAAUGAAAAGAUGAAAUUAUUGAACUCUUUUUCUACCCUUGAGCUAGAAGAAAAUAGUGAAAAUCGACCUCUGUAUAUGAGAGGACCAUUAAAGAUAAGGGACCAACUCUCUGAACGUCGAAACACAUAUCCCGAGUUAGCCAUACAAAAAAACGAAAUAAGUAACAAUUACAGGCAACACACAAUAGUGCAUAGUACUUUUGAGCAACAGCUUUAUAAUACGCUGUCUAUAACUUCAGGUCAUUUGUCAUCCUCCUAUCCUGAACUUACAAAAUAUGAUCUAAAGCAGCAAACAAUGAUUAGAGAUUUACCUCCAAAACCCAUUCAUAAUAGUUUGUCUGAGCAGUUGCAGACUGUACCAGGGAAUAUACAUGAAGAACUACAACCUUCACAGUUCAGGUUGUCUGGGAGAGGCCACCCUGCACUGGACAAUUUAUCUCAACAACUUCAGCCUAUAACAGUGUACAAACCAGGAGGAUUACAGUCUAAAUUACAUAGUUUUACUACACCAGUCAGUUUGACUCAAAGAUUACAACCUACUUCAAACAUUUUAUCUCAACAAUUUGAACCUACACCAGAACAUUUUUCCACAGGGCUAGAGUUAACAUCAGGGUGUAUACCUAAACAGCUACAGUCUGCCCAAAUACAGUAUGCACCAGGAAGUUGUUUAACCAAAAGAUUAACCCCUACACUGGUGUCUGUACCUGGAGAUCUGCAACUGACAUUAGAUAGUACACAAGAUAGUGUACACAGCAGACUACAAGCCCCACAAGAUAAUGUACACAGCAGACUACAAGCCCCACGAGAUAGUGUACACAGCAGACUACAAGCCCCACGAGAUAGUGUACACAGCAGACUACAAGCCCCACGAGAUAAUAUAUACAGCAGACUACAAGCCCCACGAGAUAAUAUACACAGCAGACUACAAGCUCCACAUGAUAAUAUGCACAGCAGAUUACAAGCUCCACAAAAUAGUGUGCACAGCAGACUACAAGAUAGUGUACACAGCAGAAUACUAGCUUCUCAUGAUAAUUUGAACAUCAGACUACAAGCUCCACAUGAUAAUUUGAACAUCAGACUACAAGCUCCACAAGAUAGUGUGCACAUCAGACUACAAACUCCACAAGAUAGUGUGCACAGCAGACUACAAGCUCAACAAGAUAGUGUGCACAGCAGACUACAAGCUUCACAUGAUAGUACACACAGUACACUACAGGCUCCACAUGAUAGUAUAUACAACAGAUUUCAAGUUCCUCAAGAUAACUUACAUGGCAGACUACAUGCUCCACAAGACAUUGUACACAGCAGACAAGGUCCACUAAACAACUUGCAUAGAACAAUGCAACCUCCACAAGACAGAAUGUAUGAAAAUGUACAAACUUCAUCAAAGAAUAACAGUUUAGGGAAACUACAGGAAUCACAAAAUAAUGUACCUGGAAGAAUGCAAGCUCAACAAAACAGCACACAUGGAAGAUUACUAGUGCCACAAAACAACUCAGUUGGAAGACAGCAAGCUCCACAAUACAGUGUACUUGGAGGAGUACAAGAUCUGCAGGAAAGUGUAUAUGGUGGACUACAAGCUCCGAAGGACAACAUCCAUGGAAGACCAUAUAAUCCACAAGAUUGUAGAAAUGGAAGACUCCAACUUUUACACAAAAGUGUAGAUGAUUAUGAGCAUGUUCCACAAGAAAGAUUACAGACAUGUGUGAAUAGGAACUUUGAACCCAACAGUUCUAGAAAAUGGCAGAAUGAUUCAGAUUGCUCUUCUGGUCAGUUACAGUUUGUUCAAAAAAGUUUAAAUCUUAACACAAAUGCUGAGGCAAACAAUUCAUUAGAAUUAUUGGCAGUUCAAAAAGUCAACUCAAUCGUAGCUGAAGGAUGUGCUUCAGAUAAUCAACUGAUGGCCAACAAAACUUUAUUCCAAGAUCAACAUUCCCCUCCUGCUUAUCCAUUGACCUAUGCAGGAGCAGUUCGAAGUCAUUUCCCACAAGAUUCAUCUCUUGGUACACUGGAACUUGAUAAGCCUCCAGUGGUCAAAAGAAAUAUAGGUUCACAUGAAGAUCAGGAUCUCUGUAUUAAAACAUCUUUAAAGAACCAAAGCAAAUGUGGUCUGUACAAGUACUUCUCAUAACAAAGGCAAAGUUUCUCUGCUGUAGAUAGAUUCGUUAACUGGAAUCAAAUUAGACUACAAAUGAUUAAAAUCAGUUUCUGUACAUAGAUCAGAAAUACUCCAAUAUAGGAAUAUAGGUUCACAUGAAGAUCAAGAUCUCUGUAUUAAAACAUCUUUUAAGAACCAAAGCAAAUGGGGUCUGCAUGAGUACUUCUUAUAACAAAGGCAAAGUAUCUCUGCUGUAGAUAAAUUUGUUAACUGGAAUCAAAUUAGAAUACAAAAGAUUAAAAUCAGUUUCUGUACAUAGAUCAGAAAUACUCCAAAAUAUUUUUCUUCCACCCCACUCAAGAGUCUGUGAACAAAUUCUGUGUAUUUAUUGCAACACUUUAGUAUACAGUUUCCUUCAUAUUUCAUAGAAUCAAAAUUCAAGAACAGUUUAUCCAGUUGACCAUUUCAAGAAAUGUUUUAUUUUUUUUUUAUUCAGAAAAUCUGAAACAAAUUUGUUUUAAUUUCUGGAAGUGUUUGUGGUUCUUUUUUAACUACUGCAUCAGUUAAGUGAAUCUAAUUCAUUUACUCAAACAUCUGUAAACAGAUAUAUUUCACUAAUAAUGUCCUGUUAUUUGUUAAUAUUUGAUUAAUUUGUAAACAGAUUUAUUGUAAUUAUUAAAUCAAUUCUGUAAAUAGGAUUAUUUUCAGUACAAGAUGAAUUUGUAAAAAUGUUUAGGUUUAUAUUAUCCCUAUGUUAGUUUGUAAAUCCGUAGUUCUGUAAACAGAGUUUCUAGCAAGUAUGUUUGUAAAUAGCUUCAUUUUUUCACUUGACUGGUCUUUUAGUUUGGUUUCUUUUACUUAUUAUUAUUAUUAUAUGUAGAUUUUUUUAGUUUACUAAAUAAGAUUUGUAAUUCAACUUAUUCAAAACAUGAGAUUAGUUAUGCAAGCAGAAAUUUUUAUAAUUAUCAUAUCUUUAAGUUUGAUUUUUUCUUUACUAUAUUGGUUUGGUGAAAAACCUUUAUUCUAAUUACUCAGAUAGUUCUAAAAAAAUGUUUCCUUCUCUGUUUUUUCAAUAAACAUUUAAAUAUUGAACAGUUCAUUAAAGAGAGUUACUUUAAUACCAAAAUGUUUUGUGUAAACAGGUUUAUUUUGUAAACUAAUUAGUUUUUUAAAAAGAAUUGCUAUAAUAAACUGGUUAAUUUUUAAACAGUAGUUGGGUAAGAAUUUUUGUUUUGCUUAAAAGAUGACUUGUAUAAAAAGAGUUCUGAUGAGUACUAGUAUACUUUUGUAUUAAAAUAGGUUUAAUCUAAAUGAUAAAUUACUAUAAACACAUUUGUGUUAAUGAGAAGAAAAAUUCUGUUUGCAGUUUUGUUCCAAUAUACAGAUUUAUAUACAGACUUAAUCUAAUUACUUUAUGAAGCUUGAUAACAAAUUCAGUUUAAUUAAAAUAUAUCUGUUUACAGAAUUAUUAUAAAAAUGUGGUCCUUAAAUAUUUUUACUAAACUUAAUUUAUUAAUUUUGUGUUUCAGUUCAUUCCAAUUUUUUGGUCAGUUUUGUAAACAAGUUAGGUUAAACUACUAUAUUAAGUAAGUUUUGUUAUAGUCCAUAAUUAUUUGUUUUUUAGUUCUUUUUCCAAAGUGUUUUAUUGUAAUUAUUCAGUUGUAAAAAAAAAUUAUACAGAUUGGUUCUAUAUAAAAUUGUUUUCCAUUUGAAUAGCUCAGUUAAGAGGACCAUCCUCAUACAAGAGUUAGUUUUGUAAACUUUGUUUUUAUGUUUAAUACAUCACGGUUGUAAAAAGAAUUUCAGUUAUUAUAAUUAUUUUGUAAAAAUGUUUCUUUUCUUCACUAGAACACUUUUGUAAACAUAAUUGAUGGAUUCAUUUUGUACACAAGUUUAUUAUAAUCACUAAAACAGUUAUGUAAGUAGAUUUAUUCUCUUUAAUAGACAUUUCUUUAAUCUUGUGUAUUGUUACUGCUUGAUUAUUUAGGUAAACAGUUUUAUUUCGUUUUCAGUUAUGGUCAUGAAUUAUUUUGAAAUAUAAAUGCAUUUGUAUCAUUUCUGACCAGGAUGCUUGAAGGCGUCAUAAAUUUAUACCUGUAUUAACGAUUUCUGGAGAAAGUUUAUAUAUAUAUAUAUCUCUAGAAAAUAAUGCAUAUUUAUGAUUAUAUUAAAAUUUGUAAAUGUUUUCAUAGUUUUUAGUGCUAGGAUUUUGUUAAAAUGUAAUAAAUUAGUAAAAAUUGUACAUUUUGCGUAGUAAUACAUUUAGGGAUACUGUCCAUAAAUACUAAUGAUGUGUUGGUAAAGGAAGCUUCUGAAUUUGAGUGUUACAUUUUGUAAGACUGUAUAAACUUUGAUUGGUUUCUCCAAGCCUUUUCCUUGGUUGUGGUUUCAUUAAUCAGUCAAUAGUGACAGUGGAAAUAGUUUCACGUCUAUAUUUGUGUAUAAAUUGUGAACACAAAGCAUUAUUGUAAUUAUUUUGGGUGUAUGUGUUUAUAUAUAUAUAUAUAUAUGUGUAUGUGUACACACAUACACGCACGGGCACACACACAUGUACUAUGAAAUCUUUUCUGCAUCUAAUGAUUCAAAUUUGAAAUUUUUGAAAUCUAUUUCAUAACUUGAAAUAUGUUUUAAACCAAUGUUUGAUAUGUGAACAUCUUAAAGUAUUACAUUUUAUAUAUGUAAAAAGUAUUCUCAGCCUGAUGUUUGACAUGUGAUUCUUAAAAGAAAGUUAUUAUACCAUGAAAGGUUUUUCUUUGUCAACUGGUUGAAAUGUGUUAGUUUUGAAGAAACUGAUCUAAACUGUAUUUACAUCAUUGAGAGAAAUUAUUUAAAAUAUGAUGAGUUUUGAGGCUGACAUUCUUACAGCUUUCUGUUUUAAUGGUGGCUGUUUGUUUGAGUAUUCAAAAUGAUAUUAAAUUUACAAGUUUUGAAAAUUUUUACCAGUGUAACAUUUAUAGUCUUAGAUUUGUCUCAAGAAAACAUUGUGUAAAUUAAUAAUUUCAACAUAUAUCUAUUCCUUUUGUACUGUGUGUUGAAUUGCAAGUAUGUAGUUUUUCACUUUGGCUAAAAAUCAUGCAUGUUUUUCUCAUGUCACUAGUUCUGUGGGCUGUGAAUUAGUUUAACCUGAAGUAGUUAUAUAAACUCUUUGAUUCCUAGAGUGGUAAAGUUUGAAAUGUAUUUUAAUUAAUAAAUGUAACUUUUAUAAGCAUGUUUAAAUAAUGUAUAUAUUUGUGUUUAGAUUUAUAGUUAAGUGUCUUGAUGUGUGAAAUAAAUAAAAUAAUAAAAUUUAAAUUUUUAUGAGAGCUGUUGUGCAUGCCAGUAAUUUUGAAAUUUAAACAGUUUGAAAUUUUGUCACCU